AUAGGAGGCUUGCCGGCUCAAACUUCAAACAGAAGACUGUGCGCGCCCGGAGAACUCGAUGUCGUUGUGUUGACGUUCAACAGGUUGGAGGUUGUGCGAUUGUUUUGGCGGGAUUUAUGUACGUUCGAACGCAGUUGAAGGGACUGAGUGCGUAGACAUGUUUGAAUCAAAAUUGAAACUCAGGACAGUAUCUGCUGGAUGUUUAGUUUGUUUUUUUAUGCAAAUGGCCGUCGUAUCAUCACAGGAUUACGAAGUAACGGAAAUCCAGUGCACGUUCUCGAAUCCCAGCAACGUGGGCUCCAGAGAUUCGAUAGUGGCCAAACUGAAAAAGCCGACAGGCUUCAAAGGAGACCCGAUGUUCGCCGACGACCGAGAGGUGGAUCCAGAGAAGGACUCCGCGUGCCAGAUCCGGCCGGAGCCGAACGACCCAGCCGGAGUCAAGUACAGCCUGAGGAUCUUGGAUUUCAGCAGAUGCGGUGUUCUCAAGCGAAAUGGUUUUGUUCAUGUGCGGGUGUGGUUUCCGCAAUUCCCGGGCGUGGUGAUGCAGUCAGAUCAAGAGUUGAUAAUAAUGUGUAAGCCGCCUGAGCCGACCGUAAUCGAAAACAAGGCGGCCGGAUUCGCCGGUAGUUUCCCCCACGGCGCCCGCGUGUCCGGCGUCGUCGAAGAAACCCCCGGCCGCCUCGAAUACGAGGUCGCCCUGUACAAGGAGGCGCCCGCCUCCCGCCUCGGUCCCGCCAACGCUUCCGGCGCAGAGCUGCCCGUCGACCAGGCCGUGCCCAUCGGCGCCAAGCUGCAGCUGCGCGCGCGCAUCAGCCCCGACUCGGCGUGGAAGUACGUGAAGCUGAUGGAGGUGACGGUCAGCCCCGAUCCCGACGAUCCGCACGUGGGCGGUAGCGUGGCCCUGGUCAAAGACGGCUGCCGAAACAGGGACUUCUCGUCGAUCAUCCCGCACCAACCGGCGCGGUACAGAGAGCGGCCCAACGAGGUCUUCCUCGACUUCGAGGCGUUCCUCCUCAGCACCAUGAAGGAACGCUCCACCCUGUGGAUCCACUCGCAGAUCAAGGCCUGCAUGGAGGCCGUCGAUUGUCAGCCGGACUUCUGCUUGGACCUGUUCGAGCCUUCCGGUCACGGCAGGAGGAGGCGUGAAGCUGAGGUCGUCGAGAUAAUAGAAGGUCCAGACGGCAGAGCCCUACACAGCACCAACGCCACACAAUUCACCAAAAUCAAGGGCAACCUGGAGUACACUGUGCUGAUGCCUGGCGAGUUCUACCACAGGAGCUCGUCCAUAGAGGGCGGUUGCAGCACAUUCCUGGUCAUAGCCGCCAUCUUGGGCUGCCUGCUGUUCCUGUCGGCCUUCAUCAUGUGUUGGCUGGCCAGCAGAUUGCAUAGCGCCCUCAUGGGAACGAUCCAGGACAGCAAAAACAUCGACCAGUUGGUCAGGGACAACAGGCGGUAUUCGGAUUCUGGAUCUGGAUAUACGGGAAGAGCCACCACUCAGUGAUUAUCAGUAGAGGAGUUUGGCCUAUGAAAAGGUUCAUCGUGUCAAAGAUAUCGAUAGAAUGUCUGAUGGAUUGUCACGAGGAUUUUCUGGAUACCUACAAUAAUAUGGUGCUUUUGAUAGGAAGAUGAUCAUAAAACAUAGGGAAUAGCAGGGAAAUUAUUGGAAAAUGAAUGGGUCCAAAUUAUAUUUCAAGCAGUAAACCUCUCAGGGACCCUUUUUGUAAAAUGUAUAUACUACCAACAGAGUUAUGGGAUAGUAUAGGUUGUGGAUUUGCAGUCAUAGAACUUGUUAUACUUUAUUCAUUUCCUCGCGGUCUUUUGAUUGUCGCAGCAUAUUUCCUGUCCAAAACAUAGAUGACAAUCAGUCUCGUAGUAGUCGUUGUAUCAGUAGGACUAUUGAAUUAAUCAAUGUUAGGUGGUGUCUUCCAUACAGUGAGGUUUCCAUCAAGGGUCUUUUGUGAAUCCAUGUUUUGAAUCAUGUCUAUGCUUCCUAAUUAUUAUUCUCCUCGGAAAUCUAAACCUAAGAGGUCAUUCAGCUGUUCCUGUUGAAUCCACUUUAACUAUCUUAUUCUCCUGGUUGUCUUACGUUCUAUACGUUCUUGCCACAUUGUUGAUAAGUGAACUCAUCUUUGAAGCCAAUCAUUUUAUUGGUGUCUAUACUCAAUCUGUUUUGUUUUGUUAUAACUUCCACGAGGAGAUACAGUCUCUGGCGAAGGUCUAUGAUACACAUGUGGGAAGUGCUACUCCUUCAAAAUUCACAUGAAUCUUCGAUUGCCAAUUCUUCGAGAGUGGAUGAAGUUUGCAUUCUCUAUAUUUUCUCAGAACGUAGCUCUAAUUCUAUCUUGUGUUUCCCACCAUUUUGUUUUUUGGUAGGUUCUUGCACCUGAGGUCUGUCGGUUAUGAUAAUGGAAUUCGUCUAUUCAUUGGUUCUUUCACUAUUGCUUCGUUCUUGGAAUUGCAUUGCAUUUCUCACUAACGUCGCUGUUUCUUGAGCUCACCAAAAUUUCUGAGAGAUUCUUAGACUCACUGCCAUAGUAUUCAACCUAUGGCAGAAAAAAGACUCAUUUUAUAUUUGCCCCUAGAAGUUUUCUUAGGAGACUGAUAUCUUUUGUACUAAGUACGCGUCAUAUUUUUCUGCUUAUCCCACUUUACCAAAGACUGAAUCUUUGAAUUUUCUGAAUAUUUACAACCAAAAUGGUUCUCUAAUUCUCAGGAUUAUUUUCCAAUGGUGACCAUCGUCUGAUCUAUUUUAUUUAUAUGUAUAUCUUGCCGAUUGAUUCAAUUCAUGAAUUGAUGUUUCAAAAUUCUCAUUCGUAUCAGAUUUGAAAGCUGCUCUCUCAACAUUUGAAGAUGAGGAUAGGUUGAAAAAAUCCCUAAUUAUAGUUUUGGUAAUCAUGUCUGAAAGAUAAUCGCCUCCGUAUAUUCAAUUAUUUAUUUGUCUAUUUAUUUAUUUAUUGAUUUUAUAUUGAUUCAUUCUAUUUAGCAUUAGUAACGAUAUUUGUACAUAUAUUUAUUUCAGAAUAAUAUUGGAGAUAAUCAUAUUUUGUCAAGAAAUUUCAUAAAUGUUUGUAAGCAUUUAUAAAAUGUCUUAAUUUACAGAAUGUUUUUCCAAUAAUGGGUUCGUGGAAAAUUGGAUAUUUAAUAUAUUUGCACAAUUCAAUAUAUUUACCUAUUUUACUCUUGGAUGGUGUAGUGUUUUUUAUUUAUCACGUGAAACAGUUACUUUAGCACAAGAUUAGGGUAAGUUAGGAUAGUAUGUUAUCAUUGUUAUCAUUUGAAUCGAAUGGAAUUUUAUUAAAACUUGUAUUGAAG